UCCAACGCCCAGCUGGGCGGGGACUCAGGUGGGGAGUCCCGGAAGAGCCAGAGCCACACGAGAGAAGGAGGGCUUAGGCCGAGGAGCCCAGCGAGGCUAUCGCACACAGAUGGGGAGACCUGCCCUUAUUCCAGUUCCUCUGAGCUGUGUGAUGCCAGCUCCAGGCCUGAAAGGUACAUGGGGUGGGAGAGGGAUCCUGUCCAGGAAGUAGGGUGCAGCCAGGAGACCUUAAGACUGGUAGAUACCCAGGCUAGGCUUUGGAUCAGAAGACAGACAGCACUCUGGUUUUUGGGGUCAUGGCAGGGGCAUACCUCCCUAUCCUGAAUCUGGGAAGUACCCUGAAGGAGCCUGGCAAGUGCCUGGGGGAAGAACAUGGAUUACUUCUGUCCCCAUGGAGGACCUGACUGGGAGGUGUCUCAUUAGCCUGUGGGAGCUGGUGAGCAGCAAGGUUUCCUGAGGCUCAGCAGGUGCUAAAAUGAUUUGCUGUGCAGCACUGAAGACAGUGGGUGUACACCGUAGACAGCCAAAGUGACGGGCCUCGGAGCCAGCCGCCAGCUACAGCCAUUUACCUGGAAACGGUUGGGCAGGGAGCCAGAAUUACCAGGGCAGGCAGGUAAUCAUCCUGAUAGGCCUGAAGCUGCCAAAGGUCACCUUAGACCACUGUGGCUCCAAAUUGGAGGUGGUCCUGCAGUUUGGCAGAGGCAUCCCUUCAGUGUACCACAAUGGGAGAGAUGACCCACUGACAGGUGGCCCUUGGGCACAUGGUUUUUAGAUAGAUGGUGUAAGGAGUAUAGGUAGUCGAUAGGAAUUGAGUUAGGAACACCUUCCGGAACUUGGAUGUUCACAGGGCUACCCUGGGUGGCUACAUAGUAUCGCAAGACCCUAGAUGAUCAGACCUCAAAAGCCAUCCAGACCUUUCAAGAACUGGCCUCUUGAUCUUGAGGUCCUGUGUGGCUCCAAUGGCGGCCUCCCAGCUGGCUGCACUGGAAGGAGAGGGGCUGGAGACUGGUGAGCCAGCCCUGACCAAGGCCAGCCCUGGCUUCUUGUACUCUGAGGGCCAGCGGCUAGCUCUUGAAGAACUGCUGAGCAGUGGGGAAGAGGCCUUCCGGGCCUGCGUGCAGCAGGAGAAGCUGCCCCCCUUUCUGAGUGCAGAUGAGGCUCAGGCCCUGGCUGCAGCUGCUGAAGACUGGACAGUACCAAGCCAGGAGCCAUGUGGCGCAGGCCCAGGGACUGCUAUCACGGAUGGGAAUAUUGGCAGCCUGACCUACUGGCCUGGGCAGUCUGAGGAGCCGGCACCUGUGCUGCGGCUGGGCUGGCCUGAGGACACUUCCUGGAAGGGCAUCACCCGAGCUCAGCUCUACACCCAGCCACCAGGGGAGGGCCAGCCACCUAUUAAAGAGCUGGUACGCCAGGAGAUCCAGGCUGCUCGCAAGUUAGUAGCUGUGGUCAUGGAUGUCUUCACCGACCCUGACCUGCUCACAGACAUGGUGGAUGCUGCCACACGCCGCUGGUUACCUGUCUAUUUACUGCUUGACCGCGAGCAUCUGCCUGCCUUCUUGGCACUAGCCCAGCAGUUAGGGGUGAACCCCUGGACCACUGAGAAUCUGGACAUCCGGACCGUGCAGGGCCACACCUUCCAGAGCCGCAGGCGAAGGCAGGUGAGCGGCCAUGUACGGGAGAAGUUCCUGCUGCUGGACGGUGACAGGGUCAUCUCGGGAUCUUACAGCUUCACGUGGAGUGACUCACGCCUGCAUCGGGGCCUGGUGACCUUGCUCACAGGAGAAAUUGCAGAUGCCUUUAGCCAGGAGUUCCGCAUCCUGUAUGCGGCCUCCAGUCCACUCCCACCGGCGCCAGCUCGAAGCCCCUUGCUCAGCCCUUCUGAGGGGCCACGGCUGCCCCGAAGCCCACACCGUGUGGCCCUGCGCUGUCCUGUGGCCCCUGUGGCCCCAUUGCUGUCUGACAAGCCUUUGGCCCACCGCCUGGCGGCCUGUCACAUCCUUGAGGGGAACAGACAGGAGACCCCCACCACCACAGGGCCUGCUCUCAGUGACAUCUUGAGAAGUGUCCGUACCAGGACAGCCAGUGGUCCCCCAACCAGGCCCAGCCGCUCGCUGUGGGACCUCAGCCGCCUGUCCCAGCUCUCUGGCUCCAGUGAUGGCGACAAUGAGCUCAAGAAGCCCUGGGGCCACAAGGACACCCCAGCCAGGGCCUUGAUGAGGCAGAGGGGCACUGGAGGGGGCCCCAGGGGUGAGAUGGAUUCUCACCCACUAGCCCGGUCACAGCCCUGGAGUGGCCCCCUCCCCGGGAUUCCAGCCCGCCACCUGCGUUACUUAUCUCCAGCCCAAAGGCGCUUGGGAAACAAUGCUACAUCAGACUGGGCCUCUGGCUCAGGCCCUGGAAGGCGCUUCUGAUGGCCAGAUGUGCCUAGCCAGAGCCCCUACCAGACACUGGCUGUGUCUGAGUCCUCUGGCCUGGGGUCUGGGCAGUGGAAAGGACUGGUCUCAAUUGCUCUCGAACUGGGUGAACCCAGUAGAGCUAAGGGCUCGGGCAGAAGGUUCCAGAGCAGUCGAUCUUCCAUAGGACUGCUUCAGAGACAGGCCCGGCUGCCUCACCAUGUGUUGUAGAGAGGGCCGUGCGGCAAGCCCAGAGAAGUACCCACACCCAUGUGUGGGGCAGAGGGUAAACCGAGUCCAGGAGAGGAGUGUUAACAGUGAUGGAGUUUAGGGGGGAGGAACAAGGCUGGAACACAGGGCCCAGAGAGUACUGGGGACAGAGACAUUGGGCGUGUCUGGAGUGUUCUGUGGGAGCUGAUGGGGAGCGGCAGAGCAUUCUCUAUUUCUGGUCAGAUUAAACUCUGACAACACAGACAUGAAUCGCCAUGGUUUCCGCCACCCCUUCCUGACUCCAGACCAUGACAUCCUCCCCAGUUCUCCUUGAGACCCAGGGCUUCCCCCCAACUCCCCUCCCUUAGGUCAGGCCCAGCCUGGCGUCCCUGUUGCGUUCAUGCUCAGCGCAGGCUUCCCCACCCCUUUUAUGCUGUUUUGGUCCCUGAGUAACCCAGGCUGGACAUGAAUUUGCAAUCCUACUGCCUCUGCCUCUGGGAUGAGAAGUGAGUCACACUGACCCUCUGCAGCUCCUUUGCAUCCUGUCUCUGGUGUGUGUGACCGACUGGGUCCUCUGUAUUCCACCCCCACUCUCCCCUCCCGCUCUCCCCUCCCACUUUCCCUCCUCCCCUUCCGCUCUCCCCCUGCCCCCCACUACCCCCUCCCGCUCCCCCUCCCCGCUGUCGCCCAAAAGCGCAGCAAGAAGGAACGGGCAAUCGGAGUGUCA